AUGACUGAUGUUCAAGUGUUUGACCAAACAGAUUUGGAAAAUACAAUCACCAACAAAGCCAACAAGCUACUUUUAAUCAAAGAUAUUGAGCAAGAUGAAAAGAGAUUAGAGAAAGCCAUCAAGAGUCUUAACGUGUCUGUGAAGCAUAUUAACCAACUAAAUUCAAAACUAUCCCAUCCUCGUACAAAAAUCAGUGAAAAGAAGAAAAUCAAGGAGGAGAUCCAGUGGCUUGAGGAGAAUGAGCUUACUGGUAAACAACAAGACAUGCAAGAUAUCAAGUCAAGAAUAGAACAAAACAGGCGAGCUCUUGAAGAAUCAAAAGAUGGCAAAGAAGAACAGCAGAGUGGCGGGGGAAAGCUUCCCGAUGAGAGUGAGCGCGACUACUUGAUUCGAACAGGUAAGAUUACUGCAUUUGGUAAUGAAAACGCGUUUCAACUGGUUGGCGCCAUUGGUAACGAGGGUCAAAGUCACGUCUUUUUGCGAAAGCCAGGAUUCGAGCAAGAUGUUGAGACACUAGAGAAAGCGGAAGAUGAGAGUGGGAGUAUCAUUGAGAUAUCAGACGGCGAUGUUGAAUCAUUAAGGGAUGACAAUGAGACAACCUAUAAUGAGAAUGAGACCACCUUUGAUGGCAAUGCAGGCUCGGAUGAUGACUACGUCUACGACUCUCAACUCGCAGAGGAGGAGGAAAUCGCAGCUGAAGAAGAUGACGAAAGUGAAGAGAUAGACGAGGAAUCAGUGGAAGAUGAAGAGGCGCGGAACGUUGAUGAUGGAAACGAAACAUACUAUAAAAAGAGAUUAGCAAGCUGGGUCAAGAAGCGGUCCGCCUUACGACAACUGGACACUGACCGUUGUCAAGAGGAAUGGUUCAAACCACACCCCACAAUUCCAGACUCAAAACUUAAUGACGCGUUCAAACUCCCCGGUGAUAUAUACCCAUCAUUGUUUGACUACCAAAAAACUUGUGUACAAUGGCUCUGGGAAUUGUACUCACAAAAAACUGGAGGCAUAAUUGGAGACGAAAUGGGAUUAGGUAAAACCAUUCAAAUCAUAUCUUUCUUAGCUGGCUUGCACUAUUCGGGACUUUUGCGCAAACCGGUAUUAAUUGUUGUUCCGGCUACCGUGUUGAAUCAGUGGGUUAACGAGUUUCAUCGAUGGUGGCCACCACUCAGAUGUGUUAUACUUCACAGCAUUGGAUCUGGAAUGGGAGAAAAUGCAAAAGUAAGUGAAGCCAAAAUGGAAGAGUAUAUGGAGAAUUGGGAUCCGCAAACAUCAAAAUCAUCGCUUAAAGGAAUCAAAACUCAAAUAAAUGCUCAGAAGAUUGUCGACCGAGUGGUUGCGAAAGGUCAUGUCUUAAUAACUACCUAUGUGGGUCUUCGAAUUUAUUCCAAGUACAUUUUACCGCAGGAAUGGGGGUAUUGUGUUUUGGAUGAGGGCCACAAAAUCCGUAACCCGGAUCUGGAUAUUUCGUUAACAUGUAAGCAAAUAAAGACAGUCAAUCGAAUCAUUUUAUCAGGUACCCCAAUACAGAACAACCUAACCGAGUUGUGGUCGUUAUUUGAUUUUAUCUUUCCCGGUAGAUUGGGGACAUUGCCCGUGUUUCAGCAACAAUUUUCUAUUCCAAUCAAUGUUGGUGGGUACGCAAAUUCAAAUAAUCUUCAAGUGAAAACGGCUUACAAGUGUGCAGUCGUAUUGCGAGAUUUAAUCUCACCCUAUUUGCUCAGACGGUUGAAGAAUGAUGUGGCCAAAGAUUUACCCAAAAAAAGCGAAAUGGUGCUUUUCGUCAAGCUCACUCGAAUACAACAAGAUUUGUAUGAAAAGUUUCUCGAAAGUGAAGACUUGAACUCUAUUCUCAAGGGUAAACGUAAUGUGUUAAUGGGAGUUGAUGUGUUGCGAAAGAUUUGCAAUCAUCCUGAUUUGGUAUACCGAGAUGCAUUAAUGCACAAGUCAAACUAUGGCGAUCCCAAAAAGUCGGGAAAAAUGCAAGUUUUAAAGAAUCUUUUGCAGCUAUGGCAAAGUGAGGGACACAAAACUUUAUUGUUUUGUCAAACGAGACAGAUGCUUGAUAUCUUGGAAAAGUUUGUUUCUAAUUUACCCUGCCUCAAUGACCAAGCACAAUACUUUACAUAUUUACGAAUGGAUGGAUCCACUGCAAUUUCUCAAAGGCAAAGCUUGGUUGACGAGUUCAAUAACGACCCGAAUGUUCAUGUAUUUUUGCUCACCACAAAAGUUGGUGGUUUGGGGGUUAACUUGACUGGUGCUGAUAGAGUUAUCAUAUAUGACCCAGAUUGGAACCCAUCAACAGAUAUACAAGCCAGAGAACGUGCUUGGAGAUUAGGUCAGAAGAAGGAUAUCACAAUAUACAGACUCAUGACGACUGGGUCUAUUGAGGAGAAGAUCUACCAUCGACAAAUUUUCAAAACCUUUUUGCAAAACAAGAUUUUGAAAGACCCAAAGCAAAGACGGUUUUUCAAAACCAAUGACUUGCAUGAUUUAUUCACUUUGGGAGAUCAAGACGAAAAGGGAACCGAAACUGGGGACAUGUUUCAUGCUAGAAGCGAGCAAAAAUACCGAGGCUCGAAGCUGAGGAAAUCGGCAUCGUUGACAAAGAAAAGACAUGAAAAUGACGAUGAUUUCAAUCAAGUGGCAAAGAUCACAGGUGUUAGUCGAUUGGGUCAAUAUGAAGAAGGCGAAGACAACAAGCCGGAAAGUAGUAACGAUGAAAGUAGAAUCAUAGCUGGGAUCUUUGCACAAAGUGGAGUCCACAGUGCUUUGAAGCAUGAUGAGAUUAUCAAUUACAACGAUGAAGAAGCUAGAUUUGCUGAGCGGGAAGCUGAAAAGUAUGUGAGCCAAGCAACUGAAGCUCUUCGAAGAUCGAGGAAGUUGGCGAGGAAGAAACCAGUUGGUACGCCCACAUGGACUGGAAAGUUUGGAAGUGCUGGUAAAUUGAAAGGCACUUUUGGAGCAAAAAAGAGGAAAGUGGGAGAGGGCGAUUCUUCCUCAAUUUUGGAUAGUUUGAGAAGAAGAGCUGAAGAGUAG